UGGGUUAGUCUUUCGCUAUCAGCGCACGAUAGUGUCACGUAACUAAACCAAAUGUCUCGACAAUUUUUAUAAUAAUUAAAUUGUCUAUUAUAAAUAAAAAAAAAUUGUAAUAAAAAUUAUGUUUAAAAAAUAUUUAAACAGUAAUAAAUUUAAUAUAUCAUUAGAAAAAAGUUAAAUUUAUUUUUUCAUUUUAAUUAAUUUAAUAAUUAAACAAGUGUUUUGAACAUAGUGUGAAGAGAAAAAAAAAACCAGUGAUUAAGUUUAUUGUUGUUAACGAAACUAUUUAAAUAGAUAAAAAAAAAAAUUGAAAAAAAUUAGACUGUGCAUAUUUUAAAAAGUGGAAUACAUACUUGAGUUAACUUUCAUCAACCACUUGAUGGUUAACUCUAAUAUUACAUUGCCAACUUUAAAUUGUAGUUCUUCAUUCACGAAAAUAAUUUUAUUUUAAAUUACAAAAUUUAAUUAUUAAAUUGGAAAUGUUAUAUAAAUCAAUGGCAAACAACGUGCAAUGCUUGAGAGUUGAAUGAUAACUACAAUUGUGGAUUGUACAUAAAAAAAAAAAAAAAAAACAAAUUUAUACAUUAUGAAGAUAGUAUUUAUACCAUUGAUUCUCAUCAUCGAGAUUCAUCUACUCUUAACAGAAUGCCAGGGAAAACAACAAAAAGAAUCAAGUGCCAAUAAUGCAGUAGCAACAAUUAAUAGUGAUAAUAUAGCUGAUGAAAUUUUGAUUGGACCUGUCAAAGAGGUUACAGCUCAAAAAGGUGGAACUGCUGCAUUACCAUGUAAAGUCAUGGAUUCAGGUGGUGGAAUUGUUACUUGGGUCAGAAGAAGAGAUAGACAAUUAUUGACUGUUGGAAUGAAUACUCAUUCAGUAGAUAAUCGAUUUAUGAUACGUACAUCUGAUUGGUCGUUACUAAUUCGACAUGUCAAUCUUGAGGAUGCUGGACUUUACGAGUGUCAGGUUGCUACUUAUCCAGUACAACAAAAUUUUGCAAAAUUAACAGUUAUUGAAGCAUAUUCAGUGAUUCCUGGUGGUCCAGAUCUUCAUGUUAAACAAGGCUCAAGUUUACAACUUGAGUGUCAUUUAAUAGCUGCCACUGAACCACCAAUAUUUGUAUUUUGGUAUCAACAAGGUCGUAUGAUUAAUUAUGAUGCUGAUCCAGCUGUUAAUAUACAAUUAACUAAAAAUGGUUCAAUUUUAAAAGUUGAAAAAACUAAAAUGAGCCAUGGUGGUAAUUAUACAUGUGUUCCAAGUAAUGCCAAAUUUGCAUCAGUCAUGAUUCACGUUAUUGAGGAAGAAGAGAAACCAGCAGCAAUGCACGGUGGUGACAGAAGGAAUCCAAGUCCAGCAAUUUUAGCUAGUAAUUUUCUCGCUUCUUUCCUGGCAGCUGUCAGCUGGAGGAUACCAAGUUUUUCAAAUCUCUAUCCAACGUGAAUUGGCCAUCAUCAUAAUGUCUGAGUCGUGUGCGGCCGGAAGCUCAAGCCUCAUCAUCCCUUUCCAGCUAUUCUCUCAUCACUUUUAUCCUCGAGAACCUUUAUAUCACCCAUCAUCCAACCACCAUUACACUGUAAACUUUUGACCGGAUGGACAUAGCUGACGGCCAUUAUAGACAAAUUUGUAUCAACAACUCUUGUUUGCUGAAAGCUUUUUUUUUUUUUUUUCAUAACGACUGAUUGACCGACUUUAUUUAUAUAUAUAUAUAUAUUUAAAAAUACUCAUUAAAUUGUACUUUUCAUUAAAUUUAAUUUUCUUCACACUUUGUUAUUCAGUGUGUCAAAAAUAAAAAUAAAAAAUAUUAUAAUAAUUGUGUGCAUAAUUGAAUGUUGAGAAUGAAAAAAAAAAUAAAAUAAAAAAAAAAUAGUUUAAUAAUAUUAAUAAUAAAUAUUGAAUACAAUGAAUAUAUUAUUAUAAAUUAAAAUUAAUAAAAAUAAUUUGAAAAUACAAUAAUAUAUUUAAAAAAUUAAUUAAAAAGAAAUCAAGUAAAUAUGAAAUUUGUAAAUUAAAUUAUGAAAAAAGGAAAAAAAAAAAAAGAGAACAAAUAUUAAAUUAUAUAAUUGAGUUAAAUAAUAUUUGUGUUAAUCAAGAGACUUAAAUUUAAUCGAUAAUUUAUUAUGACAAAUUUACUUGUAAAAGAAAAAAAAUUUUUAAAAAUUAAACGGGACAGGGAAAACGUUGAACGCGUGCAACUAAUAAUUAUCCUCGACGAAGGGAAGCUUUCCAAAGGAGCAUGUAAUUUUAUAAUAAAAUUGUGAGUUGUCCCGGGGGUCAUACUUGACGACCUUUUACCUCAACUUCUCACAUUGACGACCUCAGUUCUUUUUCAUGAUAAGACACCGGGUAAUUACCUUACAAAUCUUGACAAACUUCAAGUAAUCGACUUUCUUUUUUUAUAUAUAUAUAUUUUUUUUUCUCCAUUUUUAUUCAGUUACGCGUCCCGGCUCUUAUUAUCAGAAUAUUUUUUCAUUCGCUCCAAAUUAAAGACAAAGAGAAUUUAAAAAGAUAAAAAAAAAAAAAGGAAAACUUCUUUUCGUUGAUGCUCUGAAAUAGACACUAUGUGAAUAUUAUAAAUUUAAGAUUAAAAAAUAAAAAAGUAUUUGACUAAACUAUAAGUAUAAAAAAAAAUUGUCUCCAUUUUAUGUACAAC